AUGUUCCUUGCUCUAAAGGAGAAAGAUGAAAAAGGAAAGAAUAUAUUACCAUUUAAUUACUUAAAAUUAAACAUACAUAUACUAAUAAAUAUUAUUGAAAGUCGUCAAAAAGUAUUAAUACAACGUUUUGAAUUCGAAGAUCACUUUAAUCAGCUACUUCCUCAUAACACUGAUGAUGACGAUGAUGAUGAUGGUGAUGAUCAUAAUAACAAUGAUAAUUAUCAUGAAAACAAUCGUGGCAACAGUAACCAAAAAGAUGUAGAUCAACAGUCAUUACAAAAAUAUCAAUAUGAUCCAUUGAAAUAA